AUGUCCCAGCUGGACAGGUACACUCCAAAGCUCCUGCAGCUGUUCGAUGCAAUGGGAGGAGCAGAGGGUCAGCACAUCAAGAACAUGCUGAUGGAGCUGAUACAGGGGAGUACCACAAGGCAGCCUUCCAAAGUCCCAGAAGGCUACACGUUGGUGAAAGAACUGGGACAUGGAGUCUAUGGAACAGUGAUGGAAUGUGUUGAAAACAUCACUGAAGAGCACGUGGCCAUAAAGGUGUCCAAAUGUAACAAUCUUGACCAUGAGGCGAAAAUCAUGAAAAAGCUCAUGAGCCACAACGCAAAGGAGUCCAACAUCAUUGAGCACAAAGGAGACAUCUUCAUAGAAAAUACGCGGCUCCUGGUUCUUGAAAAAUUGGACAUCACCCUGGUGGACUAUGUGGAGAAUUUACCACAGCCAAUGCCACUGGAAGACGUCCGUAUGGUUAUUCAGCAGCUGGCUGUAGCUCUGAAUGCAACAAAGAGCGCUGGCAUAAUCCACGCUGAUGUGAAGAUAGAGAACAUCACGAUGGUGGAUCACGUGAAGCAGCCCUACAAGGUCAAACUCAUUGACUUUGGUAUGGCCAAGGACAGGUCCAAAGCCAAAGCAGGAAAGCUACGCCAAGCACUUGCAUUUAGAGCUCCAGAAAUCACCCUAGGCCUGCCAUAUUCAGAGGCCAUCGACGUUUGGUCGUUAGGCUGCGUGAUGGUCUGGAUGAUGACCCAAGAUUUACUCUUCGGAUUCGACUCACAAUACUGGACACUCCGACGCAUGAUCCGUCUGCCGCCGCAACAUCUCAUCGAUGCUGGCCGGAGAUCAGGAUUAUUUUUUAAGAAAAUGCCUAAUCGUUUGUGGCGGCUGAAGACACUUAGAGAGUAUUUUGGGAGAUAUAAAUCCUCUGCAAGUCGUGACCUCUACUCCUACCGCACAGUUUACACCGAUGAACCGAGACCCUCCACCAGCCUGUCCAUCACCUUUAAUCCUGCAGACCCUGAAAACAAAAUGAACCUGCCAGGCUUGCCUGACAGUGAGUAUGAGGAAUCUGAGGACAGUAGUGAUUAUAUAGACACUGACUACAAUGAGGACAGUGAUGUGGAGGAGGAGAAAUACAGAGAAAACAUCAAAGCUGAGACGGAAAAGGAUCCUGUCAACAAGGAGAUCAAUGAUUAUGAGGACAUUGACGAUGCUGACACUGCUGCAGACACUGAGGACAGCAAGGAUAGUCACGAUGAUGAAGACACUGAGGACAGACUGAUCGCUACCAUCGUCUUCUACCUGCGAGUGCUUGGGAUCGGCAUCUGGGCGUCCAUCAAAUCCAAAAAGGAUGAAAACCGGACGCAGGCUAAUCAUGCAGACGUGGUUCUGCUUGGAAACAGGAAAAUCAGCUUAGUAGUCGGCAUCUUCACCACCACAGUAAGAGUUCCAUCAAUCCUCAUCUCCCAGCAGUGA